GCGGCUGGGGAUGCGGAAGUGCCAGCCGCGGCGGGGAAGCUGGGCGGCCCCGCGGUUGCCACCAUGGCAGCGGCUGAGGGCCCGGGAGGCGACGGCGGGAGCCCGGGGGCCGCGGGAGGUAACCGGCAGUUGAAGUACAUCAGCUUAGCAGUCCUGGUGGUGCAGAAUGCCUCUCUCAUCCUCAGCAUCCGGUACGUGCGCACGCUGCCUGGGGACCGGUUCUUUGCCACCACGGCUGUGGUCAUGGCCGAAGUCCUCAAGGGAGCCACUUGCUUACUGCUCAUCUUCAUUCAGAAACAAGGUAACCUGAAGCAGUUUGCCUUGUUCCUGUAUGACUCUGUGGUGGUACAGUACGUGGACACGCUCAAACUAGCAGUGCCUUCUCUCAUUUACACCCUCCAAAACAACCUCCAGUACGUGGCCAUUUCCAACCUGCCUGCAGCCACCUUCCAGGUCACCUACCAACUGAAGAUCCUCACCACCGCCGUCUUCUCCGUGUUGAUGCUCCGCAAGAGCCUUUCUCGUCUCCAGUGGCUCUCCCUUGUGCUCCUGUUUGCCGGCGUCGCCAUUGUCCAGGUGGAGCAGCAACAGGCAGGAAGCAAAUCAACUCCUGGGAGCCUGGAAGUGCAGCAGAGCUACCUGGUGGGGCUGGUGGCCGUGGUGGUGUCGUGCCUCUCGUCUGGCUUUGCCGGGGUCUAUUUUGAAAAGAUCCUCAAGGGUAGCGCCGCCUCGGUCUGGCUGCGUAAUGUCCAGCUGGGCAUUUUCGGGACUUUGCUGGGGCUGCUGGGGCUGUGGUCCGCAGAGGGGGCGGCUGUGGCUCAGCACGGAUUCUUCUUUGGCUACACCCCGCUGGUGUGGGGAGUGAUCCUGAACCAGGCCUUCGGCGGUUUGCUGGUGGCCUUGGUUGUGAAGUACGCCGACAACAUCCUCAAGGGCUUUGCCACCUCCUUCUCCAUCGUGGUGUCCACCGUGGCGUCCAUCUACCUCUUUGACUUCCACCUCAACCUGCUCUUCGCUCUCGGAGCGGGGCUGGUAAUAGGGGCCGUCUAUCUGUACAGCUUGCCCAAGGGACCUUUGGCUGGCCGGCCUUCCCCUGGAACAACUGGGCAGCAGCCGGGCCACACAGCGCAGAGCAAGGAACUCCCUUCCAUCGCCACGCAAGGCUUCCUGACCAAGAUGCCACCGAAAGAAAAAGGCUCCUAACCUCAGAAGAUGCACAUUUUCAGUUGAUGACAGCGGGUCAAUUCUGGAUCUUCCUUUGCCUGAAGGGUAUCAAUUCUGCUUGUAGGACUCCAAAGAAUUCAUCGCCAUGUUGUUUUUACGAAGGUGCAACCCCUCCUGUGUUUUCGUGAUUUCUCUGGCACCUCCAUGGCCUGAGAUGAUCAAUUACACACCAUAACAGCUCAGCCCCGAUUCCUGGAGCCAUAUGGCUCCUAUCCUACACUGCUCUUUCCCAAGACCCAAUUCACACACGCACAUUUGCCCUUUGGUAACAGUUGACAUAGUUGUGUGAAUGAGACAUUGAUAUUCCACCACGCAUACAACUUUGAUAUCAAACACAAUGUUUUUUUUGGCUUAGUGCAAUGCAGCCAUCAAGGAUGCCUGAAGGGCAUACAAAAGGCUACAAAAGUUCCAUUUGGAGUAUCCAAGGUUUGGGACCAUCAUCUGUCUGUGCUGCUGGGAGAGAACCAUUCCUCCCUGCCAGGGCAUAAAGACUCUUUGCAAAUGGGUUUAUUACCUUUUGGAGCAGACAGAGGAGUGGAGGACAUUACAUUUACCAGAGCCCAAUCCUUUAGCUUAAGUUCCUUUUUCGUGCUGCUCCUCCCCAGGCAGAAAAAUCAAAGCCGAGCCAUUACCCCUUGCGUUGCCUCCUACAGCCCAGCAAAUAUUUGAAAGCACAUCAAGUGCUUAUUCAGCACAAAUUAAGGCCUCCAAAGGGCAACUGAAAAGAAUGAGCCUCUUGGAAUCUGGGAAGAGACCCAAAGCUUGUGUAUGACAGAAGACAACCGAUGCCUUAUUCCUCCUGCCCUCACUGUGCCUAACUUUCCUCUUCCCAUUGUAUAAAGGCAGCACUCCAUUGGGUGAUGCACGUAGAUGCUCCCUGUCCUGCCCCCCUUUUUCUCUAUGGGGCUGCUGCAUCACGCUCAGUAUUAAUUGUAUAGAUUAUGAAGACGGUGCUGAAGCAUUCUGUACUCAGAAUCAGCAUAUAU